AUGCAGUGCACCCUUCUCCUUGUGAAUAAGGAGGUGUUCUUUUGCCACAGAAGCAGGGAUGGGGGACCCUGCUUGGUACACUGUAACGCCACCGAAUUGGUGAGCAAUGCUUUAAUUCAUAUUGGAUCAGAAAAGGAGACUUUUUUAAGUUGUCAGGGGCCAAUGGACCCCAGUCAACACACAAUGGGGGCAUUUGCUCCCAGAUUGGCUGCGGACUCUCUUGCUUCUACACGUCCUUUGUUGGUGGUGCCUGUGAAAUGUAGUUUUUCCUUGUUUGCAAACCCAUGGACAGGUGUUCUGUCCUUUGCAGAAGCAACAAUAGGCCCCCAUGCUCUGGGAUGCCUUGAACAGCCAGGAAACCCGUUUUCCUUCUGGUUUGUAUGA